CAAGAAAAGCAGCAACAGAAACAAGUCUUAAACUCAGGUCCAUUGAAAUUAGAACUGCCAGUGAAAAGCAGGAAACAGGAAGAAACCAACAAGGGAAGAGCUGCUCCUUCCUUCUGAGUGUUAUGAGAGGCAAGGGCUUUAUUGGAGGAAAUGAUGCAAUCAGGAUGAAUAGGAGGAUGUUUGGAUAUCUUAGAUAAAUUACAUGGAUGUCCUCCCUGCAUUGCAAAAGUACAAAUGUACCUGCUCAGCCUAGUUGAAAGUCAUGUGCCCCUCCAAUCACAGACUUCUGCAGUACUUGGUUGGUUCCUCUACAUAAUGAGACUUUAAGGGUUCCAUGGAGCACAUUGGGUUUUAACUCAUGGUAUUCCACACUGUAAGCGCCCAGAGUGAGAAAACACCUGGGUGCCAAAGGACCUUCCUCCCAGACUCCUUCGUAAGGAGCUCGGUUCACACCAUCUGUAUUGCAAUCCUCAAUGCUCCUGGAAUCUUCAACCCCGCUCUUCCCGAUAUAAAAUCUUAUGGUAGCAAGCGCCUAGCCCAAGACGCCACACCAGGCGCUUGAAAGCACUCAGGCCCAAGCAGCCGCACCUGUGGGGCCUCCGGAAGCCAGCCCGAGAACGUGAACCGCGCAUGCUCCGGCCGCCAAUUUACAGCCUUCCACCAGCUUCCCGGGCUUCCGAGGAGGAUCUCUGGGCUGACUUCUACUUCUGCCAACGCCCGAGGUCCAAGGCUGCAGCACCCGAAACACGCCGUUACGUUGUGGGCUCGCUAUCCUGGACACUGCUAUCCUUUCGGACAUCGUUAAGGUCCAGUAUCUCAUCUUCCAUCUUCAUCCUGUUGAUGGCUCAUGCUGUCUGUUUCAUUUGAAGCAUAAUUGAAACCAGGACAAGAGACAUCAGAUUCUUUCCUUGACCCAUCACACGGACUCCUGCAAAGGUCUUUCUGUCUCCUGACUCUUCUGCCUUGUCCUUUAAAGUUGGCAAAUGGUUUACAGGAUACAUUGCGUUUAGCAGUCAUCUCACCGUAGGAUCAUCUUAACUCGGAGGGCACUCAGUGUAUCACAAACUCAAGCAUUAGCACCAACAAGCUCUGAGCAUCAUCAGUCUCUGGAAAGCCUUCUGAAUUAGACAAGGGCUGCCUCUCAGCACAGCUACAAAACACUUUAAACCUGACCAGCUAAAUGGAUAAACCUAGCCUGCAUAGCUUUUAAACUGGGGUCUCAUACAGCACAGGAGGCCUACUUGCUUCAAGAACUGAAAAUCCAGAGGAUGAAUUGCUUUAUCUGGGAAUGGCAAAAGCCAGCACAAUAAGGAAUGCCAGUUUGUAUGGGGCUACUAGCUCACAUGCGGGAUCAGAAUGGUGUGAAUGACAGCCGCACUGUGUCAUGAAGGUGGUGGUGGUUUCAGCACGAGAGACCAAAUAAGAAGAAAGCUGAGAGAGGGGGGAACCGUUUUUGGAUGACAAAGGAUGGGUUUCCAUUUAAUUACGCAGCUGAGAGGCAUGCGUGUGGUGCUAGUGCUACUUCCUACACUGCUGCUUGUUAUGCUCACGGGGGCUCAGAGAGCUUGCCCAAAGAACUGCAGAUGUGAUGGCAAAAUUGUAUACUGUGAGUCUCAUGCUUUCGCAGAUAUCCCUGAGAACAUUUCUGGAGGGUCACAAGGCUUAUCAUUAAGGUUCAACAGCAUUCAGAAACUCAAAUCCAAUCAGUUUGCUGGCCUUAACCAGCUUAUAUGGCUUUAUCUUGACCAUAAUUACAUUAGCUCAGUGGAUGAAGAUGCCUUUCAAGGGAUCCGUAGACUGAAAGAAUUAAUUCUAAGCUCCAACAAAAUUACCUAUCUGCACAAUAAAACAUUUCACCCAGUUCCCAAUCUCCGCAAUCUGGAUCUCUCCUACAAUAAACUUCAGACAUUGCAAUCGGAACAAUUUAAAGGUCUUCGGAAACUCAUCAUUUUGCACUUGAGAUCUAACUCAUUAAAGACUGUGCCGAUAAGAGUGUUUCAAGACUGUCGAAAUCUUGACUUUCUGGAUUUGGGUUAUAAUCGUCUUCGAAGCUUGUCCCGAAAUGCUUUUGCUGGCCUCUUGAAGUUGAAGGAGCUCCACCUGGAGCACAAUCAGUUUUCCAAGAUCAAUUUUGCUCAUUUUCCACGUCUCUUCAAUCUCCGCUCAAUUUACUUACAGUGGAACAGGAUUCGUUCCAUUAGCCAAGGCUUGACAUGGACUUGGAGUUCCUUACACAACUUGGAUUUAUCAGGGAAUGACAUCCAAGGAAUUGAGCCGGGCACAUUUAAAUGUCUACCCAAUUUGCAAAAAUUGAAUUUGGAUUCCAACAAGCUUACCAACAUCUCACAGGAAACUGUCAAUGCGUGGAUAUCAUUAAUAUCCAUCACUUUGUCUGGAAAUAUGUGGGAAUGCAGUCGGAGCAUUUGUCCUCUAUUUUAUUGGCUUAAGAAUUUCAAAGGAAAUAAGGAAAGCACCAUGAUAUGUGCAGGACCUAAGCAUAUCCAGGGGGAGAAGGUUAGUGAUGCAGUGGAAACCUAUAAUAUCUGCUCUGAAGUUCAGGUGGUCAACACAGAAAAAUCACACCUGGUACCCCAAACGCCCCAGAAGCCUCUGAUUAUCCCUAAACCUACAUUUUCCAAAUCUGACCCCACCCAGCCCACCCUUGAAACACCAAGCCCUUCCCCAGGGUUUCAGAUUCCUGGCACAGAGCAAGAGUAUGAGCAUGUUUCCUUUCACAAAAUUAUUGCAGGGAGUGUGGCUCUGUUUCUCUCAGUGGCCAUGAUCCUCUUGGUAAUCUAUGUGUCUUGGAAACGCUACCCAGCCAGCAUGAAACAACUUCAGCAACAUUCUCUUAUGAAGCGGCGGCGGAAAAAGACCAGAGAGUCUGAAAGACAAAUGAAUUCCCCUUUACAGGAGUAUUAUGUGGACUACAAGCCUACAAACUCUGAGACCAUGGAUAUAUCCGUUAAUGGAUCUGGGCCCUGCACAUAUACCAUCUCUGGCUCCAGGGAAUGCGAGAUCCCCCACCACGUGAAGCCCUUGCCCUAUUACAGCUACGACCAGCCUGUGAUCGGCUACUGCCAGGCUCACCAGCCGCUCCGCGUCAACAAGGGCUACGAAGCAGUGUCUCCGGAGCAGGACGAAACCCCCAGCCUGGAGCUCGGGCGCGACCACAGCUUCAUCGCCACCAUCGCCCGGUCGGCGGCGCCGGCCAUUUACCUUGAGAGAAUAACAAACUAACGCCAAGGCCAACUCCUCGGGAGGGACCUCGGCGGGGCUGGGGGCGGGGAGGGAAGGCUUCAUCUUAACGGAGAAUGAGUGUCCAAAAUCGAGCAAGCAAGCCGACUCAUCCUUUCUGUUCAGCCAGGACACACAGGAAAGGAAAAAAGAACUGCUUAAAGAGGGCAGCGGAUGCACCUGCAGCAAAACCGGGAGAACACUACAGAACUUUCUUUGCGUCGAAACGAAACAAAACUUCUCCUGGAUGUAAAUAGUCCAAGUGUCGAGUUCUUAUAAAAAUAGAUUUCACCCUAGCUACAUAUAGGAUUGUUUGUAUAUUUGCUUUUUCUACACUGCAUGGUUCCUGGGCUGGAG